GGACAGUAUUCUCUAACAACAAUGAGGGUGCUCGCAGUCCUGGUUGUAGCUAUUGCUGCUGUCAACGCACAAUGGGACCUCAACAUGGUCCCAGGCCGCACCACAAUUGUCCAUCUCUUUGAAUGGAAAUGGGGUGACAUUGCUGCCGAGUGCGAAAACUUCUUGGGGCCUAACGGCUUUGGAGGUGUCCAGAUUUCUCCCCCGACUGAAAACGCUGUGGUUAGCAAUCGCCCCUGGUGGGAACGUUACCAGCCAAUUUCUUACAAUUUCGUCACUCGCUCUGGAGACGAAGGUGCCCUUGCUGACAUGAUCCGUCGUUGCAAUGCUGCCGGUGUGCGCAUUUACGCUGACAUUGUUUUCAACCACAUGACUGGCGGUGGCAGUUUCCUCACUGGAACCGGAGGUAGCACCGCUGAGCCUGACAACAAGCAGUACCCUGCUGUCCCGUACGGACCCAACGACUUCAACCCCACCUGCACUAUUACCAACUACAACGAUCCUAACAAUGUUCGCAAUUGCGAGUUGGUUGGUCUUAAGGAUUUGGCCCAAGGCUCUGAAUAUGUCCGCGGAAAGAUCGCUGAUAUGUUGAACAGGCUUAUCGGUUUGGGUGUCGCUGGAUUCCGAGUUGAUGCCGCUAAGCACAUGUGGCCUGGAGAUAUGCAGAACAUCUUGAACCGCCUCAAUAAUCUGAACACCGAUCACGGUUUUGCUGCUGGAAGCCGUCCUUUCAUUGUUCAAGAGGUUAUUGACCUUGGUGGAGAAGGUGUAAGCCACUCUGAAUACUUGUCCAUCGGUCGCAUCACCGAGUUCAGGUUCAGCGCCGAAAUCGGCAAGAUGUUCCGUGGAAAGAAUCUGCUGAAGUAUCUGGUGAACUGGGGCGAGGGCUGGGGCUUCAUGGCCUCUGGCAGCGCCCUGGGCUUCGUUGACAACCACGACAACCAGCGCGGUCACGGAGCUGGUGGUGCUGACAUCCUCACCUACAAGGACUCCAAGGGCUACAAGAUGGCCACCGCCUUCAACCUUGCCCACACUUACGGUGCCAGCCGCAUCAUGUCCAGCUUUGCCUUUGACAACACCGAUGCCGGCCCACCCGCCGACGGAUCUGGAAACACCGUUAGCCCAGGAUUCAACGCCGACGGCACCUGCACCAACGGAUGGGUCUGUGAGCACCGCUGGAGGCAGAUCUACAACAUGGUUGGCUUCAAGAAUGCCGUCGAGGGCACGGCCAUCAACGACUGGUGGGAUAACGGCAACAACCAGAUCGCUUUCUGCAGAGGUGGCAAGGGAUUCGUGGCCUUCAACAAUGAAUUCGGAGCCAAUCUCAACACCAACCUUCAGACUUGCCUCCCCGCUGGUACAUACUGUGAUGUGAUCUCCGGAUCGAAAGAAGGUGGUUCUUGCACUGGAAAAUCCGUCACUGUUGGAGGUGACGGCGUAGCCAACAUUGUGAUCAACAGUAACGAAGACGAUGGUGUCCUUGCCAUCCACGUUAACUCAAAACUGUAAAAAUUUGAGGGAAGGAGAGAACCUGACAAGAGGACUGGAAAUUAAAUUGUACAUAUUAUAAUUUAAAAAUAAAAUUAAAAAUUAAAAUUUUUUUAAA